CCCCCGGGAACCCAAGUUCCGCCUCCUCGACCCCCGUCUCCCUCAGACCCCGUCCCUUAGCCUGACGACAUCCCCCGCCGGCCCGGGCCGCAUCCUCCGCUCCUCGGCGGCCGCCAGGCUGUGGCUCUGCCAAUGACCCUGUGAGUGUUGAGGAGUGACUGUUGUCCCUGGAGGCCCCUGUCCUGGAGUGGCCCACCUUCCUGCCCCCAGCAUGGCGUCGGACACUCCCGAGUCCCUGACGGCCCUCUGCACCGACUUCUGCCUGCGCAACCUGGACGGCACCUUGGGCUACCUACUGGAUAAGGGGUCUCCGAGGCUGCAUCCAGACAUCUUCCUGCCCAGCGAGAUCUGUGACCGGCUCGUCAACGAGUACGUGGAACUGGUCAACGCUGCCUGCAACUUUGAGCCACACGAGAGCUUCUUCAGCCUCUUCUCAGAUCCUCGUAGCACCCGCCUCACCCGCAUCCACCUCCGCGAGGACCUGGUGCAAGACCAGGACUUGGAAGCCAUUCGCAAGCAGGACCUGGUGGAGCUGAACCUGACCAACUGCGAGAAGCUGUCGGCCAAGAGCCUGCAGACACUGCGGAGCUUUAGCCACACCCUGGUGUCCUUGAGCCUCUUCGGCUGCGCCAACAUUUUCUAUGAGGAGGAGAACCCAGGGGGCUGUGAGGACGAGUGCCUCGUCAACCCCACCUGCCAGGUGCUGGUUAAGGACUUCACCUUCGAGGGCUUUAGCCGCCUUCGCUUCCUCAACUUGGGCCGCAUGAUUGAUGGGGUCCCCGUGGAGUCCCUGCUGCGGCCGCUCAGUGCGCUGGCUGCCUUGGACCUCUCAGGCAUUCAGACCAGCGACGCGGCCUUCCUGACCCAGUGGAAAGAUAGCCUGGUGUCCCUUGUGCUCUACAACAUGGACCUGUCGGACGACCACAUUCGUGUCAUCGUCCAGCUGCAUAAGCUGCGACACUUGGACAUCUCCCGAGACCGCCUCUCCAGCUACUACAAGUUCAAGCUGACUCGCAAGGUGCUGAGCCUCUUUGUGCAGAAGCUGGGGAACCUCAUGUCCCUGGACAUCUCUGGGCACAUGAUCCUGGAGAACUGCAGCAUCUCCAAGAUGGACGAGGAGGCAGGGCAGACCAGCACCGAGCCCUCCAAGAGCAGCAUCAUGCCUUUCCGGGCUCUGAAGAGGCCGCUGCAGUUCCUGGGGCUCUUCGAGACCUCCCUGUGCCGCCUCACGCACAUUCCGGCUUACAAGGUGAGUGGUGACAAGAACGAGGAGCAGGUGCUGAACGCCAUCGAGGCCUACACGGAGCACAGGCCCGAGAUCACCUCCCGGGCCAUCAACUUGCUUUUUGACAUCGCACGCAUCGAGCGUUGCAACCAGCUCCUGCGGGCUCUGAAGCUGGUCAUCACAGCCCUCAAGUGCCACAAGUAUGACAAGAAUAUCCAAGUGACGGGCAGCGCCGCCCUCUUCUACCUGACCAACUCCGAGUACCGCUCCGAGCAGAGCGUCAAGCUGCGCCGCCAGGUCAUCCAGGUGGUGCUCAAUGGCAUGGAAUCCUACCAGGAGGUGACGGUCCAGCGGAACUGCUGCCUGACCCUCUGCAACUUCAGCAUCCCCGAGGAGCUGGAAUUCCAGUACCGCCGGGUCAACGAGCUCCUGCUCAGCAUCCUCAACCCCACUCGGCAGGACGAGUCGAUCCAGCGCAUCGCUGUGCACCUGUGCAACGCCCUGGUCUGCCAGGUGGACAAUGACCACAAGGAGGCCGUGGGCAAGAUGGGCUUCGUGGUGACCAUGCUGAAGCUCAUUCAGAAGAAGCUGCUAGACAAGAUAUGUGACCAGGUCAUGGAGUUCUCCUGGAGCGCGCUCUGGAACAUCACGGACGAGACGCCCGACAACUGCGAGAUGUUCCUCAACUACAGCGGCAUGAAGCUCUUCCUGGACUGCCUGAAGGAAUUCCCCGAGAAGCAGGAACUACAUCGGAACAUGCUGGGGCUCUUGGGAAAUGUGGCAGAGGUGAGGGAGCUGCGGCCCCAGCUAAUGACUUCCCAGUUCAUCAGUGUCUUCAGCAAUCUGCUGGAGAGCAAGGCCGAUGGGAUUGAGGUUUCCUACAAUGCCUGCGGCGUCCUGUCCCACAUCAUGUUUGAUGGGCCCGAGGCCUGGGGCAUCUGCGAACCCCAGCGGGAGGAGGUGGAGGAGCGCAUGUGGGCGGCCAUCCAGAGCUGGGACAUCAACUCCCGGAGAAAUAUCAAUUACAGGUCGUUUGAGCCAAUUCUUCGCCUCCUUCCCCAAGGCAUUUCCCCCGUCAGCCAGCAUUGGGCCACCUGGGCCCUGUACAACCUUGUGUCUGUCUACCCGGAUAAGUACUGCCCCCUGCUGAUCAAAGAAGGCGGGAUGCCCCUUCUGAAGGACAUGAUAAAGAUGGCCACGGCGCGGCAGGAAACCAAGGAGAUGGCCCGAAAGGUGAUCGAGCACUGCGGUAACUUUAAGGAGGAGAACAUGGACACGUCCAGAUAGAGGCCUUGUCCCAUGGCCGCCACUGCUCUGGACACAGGCCGGCAGGCAGCACUCAGCAGCCCAGCUGGCAGACCCCACCGGGAGCCUCCCACUGGAUGAAGGGACACGAGGACUUUUGCACAACUGACGCUUUUCCUUAACAUUACACCCAAGGUGCCCAGGCACCCCACCAGCAGAACUGAGCCUGCCUCAUUCGCCCUGCCUGCCCACUGCGCACAGGACCCCACUCCUCUCAGGCAGGCGCUCCCCCUGCAGCAGCAGGCAGACGCCUCCGGACCAGCACGCGGCACAGCCCACGGUGGAGACCCUCCUGUGCUGCCCGGCGGCUUUACCUUGGAAAACUCUGGGCUGAGUUCCAGAGAAGUGUGAGCCCCAAAUGUAUCCGAAUAUCUUGUGCUCCCCCAACGUAACUCCGAACUGCUUCUCUCGUGGGGUGGGGUGAGGAGGCCCCUCCAGAACCAGGGGCCUGGAGCAGGGCUGACUGCAGGCAGUCCUGGGGUGUGGCUUUUCUUCCCUCCUCCUUGCCCGGGCCUGUUGCUGGAUUCUCCUAGCACUUCUGCGAGGAGCAGCCCUGCGGAGAGGCACCUGGCCUUUUCCUCCUGGAGUCUUUCCCUCCCAGCCCUGGGGCGGGGCAGCUGCCCUGCAUUCCCAGCUCGCCCUCCCUUCCAUGCCCAGGUGGCCUGAGCCAGCCCCCUGGGCAGAGCUCACAUUGCAUUGCUUUACCACCUGGGUCCUGGGUAAAUGUCUGUACUUUGGGGUGUCACAGAAAUACAUUUUUGUGAAAAGUG